CAUAACAUGGCUCCUUUUACAAAAAAUCGUUUCUUAAAAAGUUUUGAUCAGCUAGCAGACUUUGAUUCUGUUCGGCGGAAACAAGCGGUAGAACAGAUUCUUGUAAGCCUGACCUCUUCUGAUGGCUCAACAGAGGGGGGAAACGAUUCAAAUGAUCAAGCAAAAUCUAUGGACCUUGACGAAAAUGACAAAUUUAAGAAUCCGCUCUCUAAAUAUCGCAGCUACAAAUUCACCUUUACGGUUAAUGAUCACAAUCUUCUACAAUACACUCUCGACAGGCUUUUAAAAGGACUCACGGGUGACCGAAAAGCAUCCCGAAUGGGUUUUACUGUAGCUCUGUUGUCUGUUUUAGCUCUUCAUAAAGAUAAGAUACAGUGGGAAUCCUUAAUACUAGCUGCCAUUGAUUAUACGACUAUACAGAAUGCAGCUGGUUCCGAAAUUAAAGAUGUACUCUGUGGAAGGUUAUACAUAUUUUUCAUCUUGCAGAAAAGUGGCGCUUUUUGCAACAAAGAAAUGCCGCAUUUGGAAAAGGUGAUCGACAGCAUUUGGAAUGUCUAUGACAGCAAGAUACAUUUUCAAGAUGCCUCUUGCGUCUUGCUUUGGUUGAUAUGCCGUGAUGUUUUAAGGGCAACUAAAGAUACCGAUUUAGCGUUGAAAUAUGUCAGCAAAAGAUUAUCUUUUGUUUUAGAUACCGAUUUUGUUGAGAAAACGUUGAACUGUGCAAAGGAUACUAAUAACUCCAAGCCGGGGAAGUUACUAGACGAAUCAAAAUCGCAAAUAGGCAAAAGGUUACCCGGGGUAUUACCGUGUAGUUUGUUUGGUUUGUAUUUACGAUUAUACGAUGAUAUAUCGUUUUUUGAUAGGUCAAUCUUACCUAAUACGGUAUUGAACAAAUCUCCUUUAGAUGAAAGCAAUUUUUGUUUGACAUUGCGUUACGUCUCGUGCAUACCUAGCAACCACCCGGUUAUAGGCUCUUUUUUUGAUGUAAUCAUUGAUAGCAUCUUGAGAAGUGACCAUCCAAAUGGCAUGUUAGAGAAACUAUGGCGUUCAAUAAAUUUAUCUAUGUUGGAUCCAAAAGGCACUUCCUCACAGCGUCAUUUUACAGGUUUGAGGCUGUCAUCGUACUUGUUACUCAAGACUAGACAUAUCCCUGAGUUUCUAAAUAUUUACUUCACUGCUGGAAGUAACCUAUUCGUUCUUUUAAGCCGUUAUCACAGAGCUUCUAAAAGCGAUAUGAGAGAUAUGGCUAAUAGCGUGAUCCAGCUUUUAGUAAAUAUAUUUCAGCUGGAUGAUGUUGAUGGCGUCAGUGAUAACUUUAAAGCACAGCAAAAUCCGCUUAUUAAUGAUGUUACUAUUUACACCGACAUAAACCGUCUUAUAGGAGAUUCGUCAGUCUAUCAACAUCCUAUUGAAAGUUCUGCAAAACCGAACACACAAAAGCUAUAUAAACAGGCAAAUAUAGAGGAUAUUCACGGAACCAAUGCUACAAAACAAAUCACGAUAAAACCUUCUCUGAAUGGAAAAACAGUAAUGGAGUACAUGGUUGCAAUCGCCGAUGCAAUGGAUUACACUACGAAAUCCUCAAACGUUUAUCAACAUCUUUAUAAAGCUUUACUACACCGAAGCGAAAACAUUACAGAAGUAUAUGAGAAUUUAGAGUCUUUGAUAAUAGAUAUGGAUGUGGAAAAUGAAGAAAGAAAGUUCUAUUGGAUUUUGAACAUGUUGCAGUUUUGUCUAAAUGCUUCCAAUAAACAUGAACGGUUCAAACUUUUACAAAGGUUCUUAACUACCACCCUGCUUUGCGUUUCAGAUGUAGUGGAAAAUGGUCAACAUCUUAAGGCUACAAUAUCAAGGUUCAUCCACAAUGACCAAGAACUGAGGAUUCUCUAUAUAUCUGAUAAACCUGUAAAUGACUCACAUUCUAGUACAUCUAAAACUAACAAUACUGGCCUAGAACUACAAGAUAAUCGCUCUACCAAGCUAAAAUCGCUUUUUAAACAAUUGGUUGCUUUAUGUUUGACGUCAAUAUCAAGGCAUCUGCAACAUGUUUUGGAUAGAAAAACUGAAGAUGCUAAGAGCAGUAAUUUGAAAGAUGUGGAGACUAAUGAAUUGUUAACUAGUAUCGAAAUAGUCUACACUUCUUUGGAAAUAGUCUCAAAAGUCAAACAUGUGCGAAGUAUAAUGUACGAUAACCAGAGUUCCAUUCCGGUCAUUGAAUUAGCGGCUAAGGCACCACAGAAAAGAAGGGAAACUGAAAAACAUGUACCAUCUGAAAUAGAUAACCUAUCAGCCAGGUUGAUGGAGAAUGGUAUAAGAAUGAAAAAAUUGGCUGUAAACACUUCCAAUAUGAUGUUGAUAACGCUUUGCAGUGAAGCAUUGGGACUUUUAUUAUCAAUUCUAUCGUGGAGCACAUAUUAUAUGGAUAAAAUUUCCAGUUCGUCGCUUGGCGGUGGAGAAUCUCAGCCAUUGAUUGUUAUAGACAAGAUUGAUGUUAUAUUGCCUUUUGCCAAAUCAUUUGCAGAGGCCAUAUCUACGAAGAAGGUAACUGAAGAGUCGGUACUGACCUCUCUCUUAUCAAGUGUGCUGUUAGAUACUCUUUUGAUUGAUGACAAUUCCACUGUGUUAGAAUUGCUCCAUUCUAUUACGAAAUGGCUUUGGAAGAUGUCCAGCAGGCUUGCAACUCGAGAAAUGUGUGAGGAUAUACUUCAGCAUUCAUUAAUUGAGGAUGAUUUUUCCGAACAGUCUGAUGACGAUAUGGAAGAUGAUAGCCCUUCUGAAUCAGACUCUGAAACAGAAGUGGGCGUUGAUGAUUCUGAAGAGGAUUCAACAGAAUCAGGAGACUCUUCUGAGGAUGAGGAUAAGGAUUCAGACUUGGAGGAUGCUACUAGUGGUGACGACGAGGACGAAGAUACGGAACAGCCCGAUGAGAUGCCGGUAACGAAAAAGCAGAAAAUGGAUACAUCGACAAAACUGUUGGGUGAUGAAUCAGAUCUUGAGUUGUCCGGGGUGGAUGCAUUGGAAGAACUGUUGAAGGACGAAGAAGGAAAUUUGGAGUCUCUCCGCAUGGCAAGGAUGUUGCAGAGCACUGGUAUAAACUUUUCUAAGGAAUCAUUUAACUCAAUGAUGCGUAAUUUGGAUCUUCUUCGAUCGUGCAUUCCUGCGUUUACACUUGAUGAGUGGUAUGUGCGAAUGGUUUUGCGUUUAUAUUCCUCCUACGAGAGAUCUAUCAGUAUACGUGCAUCAAAAACACCGAAUGACCCAAUGUACUCUAUGUUAGCAGAUUAUACGUCUAGGAUAAAGAAAGUAUUGCUUGAGGCGAUGCAACAGAUCGCUUCCAUGAUGCGUUCCCAUCAACAUGCUGUUAAAGGUGGCCCCAAUUCAAAAAAACCAAAGUUGGCUGAUUCUGUUGAGAUUUUAGAUAACCUGAUAAAUUUGACCUUACAAGCUGUUCGUAGCCAGCGUAUGAAUAUUGCAAAGGAAUGUCGUCAAGUAGCAGUCGCUGCGUUUGUUUUCUGUGUACACGUUGAAUCAAUUUUGAAUGGAGGCAACGUUGCUGUGCAAAGCAUGAUGGUUCUUUUGACAGCCAUUUGUGCUGCUUGUAUGUUCAAGAAUACGAAAUUUGGGACAAACUUUUUUGUGCAGCUUUCGCAAAGGCACCCUUCUGCGUUUAACAGGAUUAAUAUUCUGAAAUUAGCUUUAGAGUCGAAAGUAUCUUUUGUUCAGUCAGAGCUCUUGUCAAUCUGCUCGGUAGUUGUUACCGCUGCAAACAAAGAGGAGCCCUUGAAGCCAGCGAAGCUUUGCCGACGUAAAUGUGGGAGGAUAUUGGAUAAAAUACUGGAUGAUGGGGGCAUAUUAAAGGAAAACGCUAUUCCCAAGCAGCAUUUGGUAUCGUUCAUUACUGACAAUAUAUACAUUAGCACAGUACAGACACUACCAGAUGUAUUGGCUUUAUUGAAAGCAAAUUCAGAAGCUGUUAUUACAUCAAAUGUAGCAAACGAAUCAGGAAAAAGACCUAUGAAGAAUCGUGGAAUAUCUCCACAAUUGACAAAGGCAAUGGGCCGUCUGAUAUCUAAUAUAGUUCGUUGUACUACCGUGGAUACAAAGGGUAGGAAGCACCUCGAAAACAUUAAGAGCGCGCUUCAAGAUCUUCUGGACACACUAAGCUCAUCUCAAGGAAAAAACAAGCAAAACAAAGCGCUGAUGGCGGCAAUGACGCAACUGUGCCGUGCUUUAGACGAGUAGUCUAGACACUGAUGGUAUAUCCUUCGG